AUGCUUGGCAUUUACGAGAUGAUGGAUCCGAUCACACCACAGUCCUGGCUCACGCAUUCCAGUGGCAUUGCCACCCUCAUUCGCUUACGGGGACCAAAUGCUCACCGUGGUGGGUUUGGCCGCACUUUGCUCAUUUCCUUCAAGUCAUUUAUAGUAGCCGACGCGCUCAUUCGAGGUGAGGCCUGUUUCUUAGCUGAGCCGGCAUGGCAAUUGGCGCUCACCGACACUCUCGCCGCGGAAAGUGGAAAUGGAAAGGGCAGCCAGCUCUGUGAUCUAGUUGAACUACUUUUUGCCGAGAUCACUAAGUGUCCGGGCCUCUACGCUCGCGCCUGCGCCAUCAUCAAAAAUAAUGAAACAGAUCACUCCAUGUUCGAAACACUUAGACAGGAAGCCACGCAGUCUAAGCAAAGGCUCCAAUACCUGAAAGACCAACUGGAAUCGGUAGUUCCAGUCUCGCUAGACAGUGAGGCGCUGAGAGACAAACCAGACCUUAUUGGACUAAUUCCCGUUUCAGUAGCUCAGAAAAGCAGGACGUUUGCUGGUCAUGGAGCUCAGUCAGCUCUCGCACUUCUGGACCAGGUUAUCGUAAUUACGGAGUCCGAUCAUCACCGGCUGUUCACAGAUUCAACAAUGACUACGUUACCGGUGUGGGAUGUGCUACCAGCCCCAGCCAAUUGUGUGACAAUGGACAAGGAAGAGACUCUUGCGAAUCGACUUCCAGCAUGGCCGGAUCAACUGGCGCUGUCCAUGGGUAUGCUUGCCGUGAAGGACAAUUGA